CAUUCUCCCAAUUCAUCACAAAUAACAUAGCAAUUGAAAGACAGAAACAGAGUGAACAACUACUAUUGGGCAUAAUGGGCAGUAGUGAGAGCACCCAAAGCUCCUCCAAUGGUGAAAGUGGGACUCCGAAGAAGACAGUGGCUUCUGUUGCUGCUGCUGCUGUUGCAGGGGUGGUUCUUGUGGGGUCGGGCCUAGCUAUGCUAGCAUCAUCAUCUGGCUCAGAAGAACAAAAGGGUAACGAUAAACUAAUGGUAGCACCAGGAUCAGGAGGGGCCUCUCACAUCCCUAGGGCAGAUUUUGAGAAUGACCCAGCUAGUUAUUUCCGCAACCAUCGUCUUAAGGGUGGAAGAUGAACAACUUGGUCUUAUGGGUUUCGACAGGGAUUGGGUUUCUUUUGUUGUUCUCUUCUUUUUGAAGCUGUGGUUCAAUCCUGUUGGUCUAAUAACAAGAAUAUGUAUAUAUAUGGUUUUGGUUUUGGCAUUUUGGCCAAGCAUCUUUUGUUUUUAAAUUGUGUGUCUUCUCUUCUGCUGUAAUGCAAAAUCAAUCCCUAAGCUAAAUUAUGUGAAAAUCUUUCAUGUGGAUGAA